UCAUGGAGACAUUGGAGAAAGAAUUUACUGACUUUUUUGGUGAGUGCAAGAGGCAAGGAUUCACUGCCGCAGAAAUGCGUGCCAUAUGUCAGCCACUGUUACAGCGUCGCAACAACAAAUAUUUGUUGUUAACGUGCGUAUUUUUGGCUUUGAUUGCCGCUUUGUAUUUACUCUACAACUGGUCGGAUGAAUUUAGUUGGUUUGUGAGCGCCAUUGGUAGACUGAUAUUGCUGCAGGUGUUGCCCUACUGGAAUUGGACACCGUUAUAUAAUAGUCGAUGCCUGAUCGAACGUGCGGCAGAUAGAGUUGAUGCGCAGAGUGUGUCGCCGACAACCAAUACUUUGAGUCGAUACGAAACCGAACCUGCGAAUUGUGUGCUCUGUGAGACACUUGAACGCAUUCCCACCACAUCGAAUGUGACUUUCUCAUUUCUUGAAUCUUUUUAUUUGGAACGUGGCUGGCCAGUUAUUGUUACCGAUUCACAUCAGCCACAUUCGCUCAAUAGGUUUCUCGACGAAAUGUACAAUGCACCAGUGGAUUUUCUAGAAAGCAAUCCUUGCGAUGUCUCAACAAAUUUAAUGCUGAAAAAACUCUUCAAUUUGGAAUUGGCUUUGCAGAAAAUCAAAAGCAGCACACCCACCAACAAGUGGUUCCUACAAUUGCGCAACUGUGAGCGGCGUGCUGUAAAGGCGUCUCGUCAAUUCAUCAGACGUCCCUACUACUAUCCAUUACAUCUAGAACCAUUCUACUCAAGCUGGGUAUUAAUGUCACAGAAUUAUGCGAGCGAGCAACUGCGUGAACUUUACGUACAAGGUUUGGUCUUCGUACAACAAAUGUUUGGGUAUUUCGAUAUACGCCUGCGACCGAAGCAACCGUGUCAAGGGCCAUGUCCAGUGGUGAAUAUACGCUUGAGCGCUGGCGAAUGCUUGGUUUUCUCCACCGAUUUGUGGACAUUUAGCUAUGGCACCGAAUCGUUGGAAAGCAAAACCACUUCGAUAGCAACUCUUUUGGAAAUUGAUUGGCAGUUGUAAACUUAACUUUAGAUUAAUUCAAAUGUAUUGGAAACUCAAAUAUUUACACGUACCUUUCAAUUUACAGCUUAUCUUAAAAACUAAUUACAUUUAAUGAUGCUAUACACUUCAUAUUCAAAUAAUAUGCAUACAC